GAAAGCAAACAUAUUUCGUGUGUUAAAAAUGAAUUCUAAAGUUUAUAAGUGGUGUGCAGUACCUCAGUGCAAAAACACAUCCAUAAAAACACCCAACAAGGUGUUUGUACAUGUUCCAAACAAAAACAUAAUGAGAGUUAAAUGGUUAAAGCUCGCACGGCGAGACCCGAACGACGUAGUCACGAAUUCGCCACUUUAUUUCUGUGAGGACCACUUUGAUUUACCUAAUGAUAUGGAAAAUUACAUGCAAUAUCAUGUGAUGGGGUCCGUAUCACAAGUACGUAUGAUACCAGGAUGUAUGCCCAAAAAAUUUAUAUGCCAAUCAGACAGGAAAACUCGAACAUCUGAGACAACAGAGCGACCCUACAUUGCUACAUUAGAAGAAAAAGAUACAGUUACAAAACAAUCAAGUUCUGAAGAAAUUGCCAGUACUUCAGUUCAGGAAAUGGUUGAAGAGGUUUCCUUAUCAACACCAAAAGUGUUGAAUAAAUCAGUUCAAGUAAACUUUUGUAGAACAUUCAGAAGCAAAGCUAACCAAACAGAAGUUAGCUCGGUAAAUCAGAUGACAUCACCAUUGAAGCCGUUUCUACAUUCUGUCUCUACAUCACCAUUCAAAAUCAUGCAUAGUUAUAAUAAUAACCCAUCAAGAGCAAGAGUAGAUGCUUUGAGUAAAAUAGUAAAAAAAAAGACCAAACAGUCACUAUCUGUUUGGUCUUUUUUUUAUACUCCCUCUGUAACUCGCACAGAAUCAUCAUCAGUUAAAUCUUUUCAAAUAGAAUUUACAUCUGACUGUAGCGAGAUGAUGGAGGAUGACAAAAGAGAAGAAGAUUUAAAUGCUUUAGAGUCUACCUUGAAGAAAAUUAAACAACGCCCCCAUUCUUAUAUUGGCAUUCCUUUAUGUUGUUAUUACUUAGUUAACUUGAUCCAAGAACACACAAAUAUACCAUAUAACCAUAUUUUACUAUGUCUUAUGAAAAUUAGAUUAAAUAAAUCAUUUCAUGAACUUGCUGAUGACUUUGGCAUUGAUAGAAGUUAUCCAAGCAAAAGCUCAGUUAACUAAAUCUGAAGCAAAAGAAACGAAACAAAUAGCUAGCUUACGAAUCCACAUUGAACGGGUGAUAAGACGGUUACGUGAAUUUAACAUGUUAAAACCACA